UGGAGGGAAAACAAAAGUUUUAAGUUUAAAGUUUGUUGUAUAAGUUUAAACAAACUAAUGAAAUAUCGAUAAAAUGGAUCCGUACGAAAUCGAAUUUGUAGGUGAAAAUAGAAUUGUUAGUAUAAUACCGAACUUUUCUCAUGAUAAAAUAUUUUUAAUUUGCGGCGAGUUUGGGCCGUUCCGGGCUGGUUUACCCAUGAACGUUCCCUUAUGGUUAGGUGUUAUGUUAAAACAGAAACAGAAAUGUAGAAUUGUUGCACCAGAUUGGAUGGACAUUGAAGUUUUGGAAAACAUUAAAGAAGAGGAGAAAAAGUCAAGAUUCUUCACAAAGAUGCCUAAUGAACACUACAUGGUUGAAGCUAAACUGAUAUUGGGAAUUGCUGCGGAAGAUAUUCCGAGAGCUUCAGAAAUAAAAACAAUAAUUAAAGAUAUCUGGGACAUACGGAUGUCUAAGUUAAGGACAUCAAUGGAUGCUCUUAUGAAAACUGGAGGCAGUUACGGUAGACUUGAUCAUUUAACAAUGAUGGAGAUUAAUUCUGUGAAGCCGUUGCUUCCGGAAGCUAUGAACGAGUUGCACAGGAUAAAAAUGAAUGCCAGAAAGAUGAUGCCUCCUAGCCUCAACACGUCUAUCAGUCAGCCAAGCAGCUCACAGAGUAUAUUGUAAUUAGUUAAGUGUAGUAUAAUUUUGUAAAUAAAAUGUACUUUCUUGUCUACUUUUAUUUCCCUUUA